UCCCAACAUGGCGGCCUCAGCAAAAAAGAAGAAUAAGAAGGGGAAGACUAUCUCCCUAACAGACUUCCUGGCUGAGGAUGGAGGGACUGGUGGAGGAAGCACCUAUGUCCCCAAACCAGUCAGCUGGGCUGAUGAAACAGAUGACCUAGAAGGAGAUGUUUCAACCACUUGGCAUAGUAAUGAUGAUGACGUGUAUAGGGCACCUCCAAUUGACCGUUCCAUCCUGCCCACUGCUCCACGGGCUGCUCGGGAACCCAAUAUCGACCGGAACCGUCUUCCCAAAUCACCACCCUACACUGCUUUUCUAGGGAACCUGCCCUACGAUGUGACAGAAGACUCCAUUAAGGAAUUCUUUAGAGGAUUAAAUAUCAGUGCAGUGCGUUUACCACGUGAACCCAGCAAUCCUGAGAGGUUGAAAGGUUUUGGUUAUGCUGAGUUUGAGGACCUGGAUUCCUUGCUCAGUGCCCUGAGCCUCAAUGAAGAGUCUCUAGGUAACAGGAGAAUUCUAGUGGACGUUGCUGAUCAAGCACAGGAUAAAGACAGGGAUGAUCGUUCUUUUGGCCGAGAUAGAAAUCGGGAUUCUGACAAAACAGAUACAGACUGGAGGGCCCGUCCUGCUACAGACAGCUUUGAUGACUACCCACCUAGAAGAGGUGACGAUAGCUUUGGAGACAAGUUUCGAGAUCGUUAUGAUUCAGACCGAUAUCGUGAUGGGUAUCGGGACAGUUACCGUGAUGGCCCACGCCAGGACAUGGAUCGAUACGGGGGCCGAGAUCGCUAUGAUGACCGAGGCAGCAGAGACUAUGAUAGAGGCUAUGAUUCCAGGAUAGGCAGUGGCAGAAGAGCAUUUGGUAGUGGGUACCGUAGGGAUGACGACUUCAGAGGAGGUGGGGACCGCUAUGAAGACAGAUAUGACAGACGAGAUGACUGGUCAUGGAGCUCCAGAGAUGAUUACUCUCGGGAUGAUUAUAGGCGUGAUGAUAGAGGUCCCCCCCAAAGACCCAAACUGAACCUAAAGCGUCGGAGUACUCCUAAGGAAGAUGAUUCCUCUGCUAGCACAUCCCAGUCCAGUCGAGCAGCCUCUAUCUUUGGAGGGGCGAAGCCUGUUGACACAGCUGCUAGAGAACGAGAAGUAGAAGAGCGGCUACAGAAGGAACAGGAGAAACUGCAGCGUCAGCUGGAUGAGCCAAAACUAGAACGACGGCCUCGGGAGAGACACCCAAGCUGGCGAAGUGAAGAAACUCAGGAACGGGAACGAUCGAGGACAGGAAGUGAGUCAUCACAAACGGGGACCUCAGCCACAUCUGGCAGAAAUGCACGAAGGAGAGAGAGUGAGAAGUCUCUAGAAAAUGAAACACCCAAUAAAGAGGAAGACUGUCAGUCUCCAACUUCUAAGCCUCCCAAACCUGAAUAGCCUCUAAAGGUAAUGCCAGCCCCUCCACCAAAGGAGAAUGCUUGGGUGAAGCGAAGUUCUAACCCUCCUGCUCGAUCUCAGAGCUCAGACACAGAGCAGCAGUCCCCUACAAGUGGUGGAGGGAAAGUAGUUCCAGCUCAACCAUCUGAGGAAGGACCAGUAAGGAAAGCAGAUGAAAAUAAAGUAGAUGGGGUGAGUGCCCCAAAAGGCCAAAGUGGAAAUUCCAGCCGUGGUCCAGGAGAUGGAGGGAACAAAGACCACUGGAAGGAGUCAGAUAGGAAAGAUGGCAAAAAGGAUCAAGACUCCAGAUCUGCACCUGAGCCAAAGAAAGCUGAAGAAAGUCCAGCCUCUAAGUUCAGUUCUGCAAGCAAGUAUGCUGCUCUUGCCGUUGAUGGUGAAGAUGAAAAUGAGGGAGAAGAUUACACCGAAUAGACCUCUGCAUUCUGUGCUUUCUCCUAGUCUCUCACCACCCUGGAACAUUCGAGAGCAAAUCACACCUCUAUCCAGACAAGACAAAAUAAAACUCACCAUCUCCUGGA